CCCACCCCGGAGUCGCCAUGUGGCCCCUGGCCGCUAUGACCGCCUUCCUGACCGUGACCCUGUCAGGUGGCAUCUCUCAAGAGUUUCCCAAGAUUCUCAACAACACCAAUGGGACCAGUGGGUUUCUCCCUGGUGGCUACACCUGCCUCCCCUAUUCUCAGCCCUGGCAGGCAGCCCUACUAGUGCGAGGGCUGCUGCUCUGUGGGGGAGUCCUGGUCCACCCCAAAUGGGUCCUGACUGCCGCACACUGUCUCAAGGACAAGUACAGAGUUUACCUGGGCAAGCAUGCUCUGGGGCAUGUGGAGGCUGGAGAGCAAGUGAGGGAGGUAGUCCAUUCUAUCCCCCACCCUCGAUACCAGAUCAGCCCCACCCACCUGAACCAUGACCACGACAUCAUGCUUCUGGAGCUGCAGUCACCAGUCAAUCUCACGAGCCACAUCCGCGUCCUGCCCCUCUCCCACAAUGACGGCCUCCCCCCAGGCACCUGCUGUCGGGUGUCUGGCUGGGGCACCACCACCAGCCCCCAGGUGAGUUUCCCUCAAACCCUGCAAUGUGCCAACAUCCAGCUACGCUCAGAUGAGGAGUGUCGUCAAGUCUACCCAGGGAAGAUCACACCCAACAUGCUGUGUGCCGGCGCAAAAGAGGGUGGCAAAGACUCCUGUGAGGGCGACUCUGGGGGCCCCCUGGUCUGUAACGGAACCCUCUAUGGUAUCAUCUCCUGGGGAGACUUCCCAUGCGGGCAGCCCAACCGGCCUGGAGUCUACACCCGAGUCUCUCAAUAUGUUUCAUGGAUCCAAGAAACAAUCCGACAACAGACAACGCAGAAGCAGAAAUGGACGAAGGGCCUGCAGUACCAACAGGACCUACUGCUCAGAGCUGUUGGGAGGACUGAAUGAAAGAUUGGCAUUUAAAGGCUCUCCACACAGCAACUUCCCAAUCAAUGGAGAAGCAGCACGA